AUGUCACCGUAUCAAUUGGUGUAUGGCAAAGCUUGUCAUUUGCCUGUGGAGUUGGAGUACAAGGCCUUAUGGGCCACAAAGUUUUUGAAUUUUGAACCAUCAGGAGCUCGGGAGAAAAGAUUACUUCAGUUAAAUGAGCUAGAUGAGUUCAGAAGAACUGCAUAUGAAAGUGCAAGGAUUUACAAGGAGAAGACUAAGCUGUGGCAUGAUAGCAAAAUCAAGCACAAAGAGUUUGAACCAGGACAACAGGUAUUAUUGUACAACUCUCGACUGAGGUUGUUUCCAGGUAAACUUAAAUCUCGUUGGUCUGGUCCUUUUAUUGUGAAGACAGUCUUCCCAUAUGGGACAGUAGAAAUCUCCCCUCUCAAAGAGGACAGACCUUUCAAGGUCAAUGGAAAUAGAUUGAAAAUCUAUUAUGGAGAACAAACACCUAGAGACACAAUUUCUGUCUCUUUAGUUGCACCUGAACCUUAA